AUGACAACCAACCGACUGCACAAGGUGUUCCUGUACAGCUUGGCCAUCUCGCUCAUAGCCAUCUUUAUAACGCUCGCCAGCAAAGUGUUCCCGAUCGCCAACUUGCCCCUCAGCACGAAUCUGAUCAUCGUUGGCACCUGUCUCGCCAACUUUGCGUCCGUCGUAGCGCUGAUUGUCGGCAUUGUAACGCGCCGGCCACGAUUGGUGAAGAUCGUUAAGAUCUUUAGCUACGUACAGCUGGGUGCUAUUUUCGUACUGAUCUGCCUUGCCGCCGCCCUGCUCUACUUCGUUAAGGUGGAUGUGGAGCACAGCGUGGAACCGGUAGUGCGACAGAAGUCGUGA